UGCACUCUUUUUUUUUUUUGACAUUCUCAAUGAUUAACUUUCUUUCUUUUGUAUGAUAUGUUUGUCCAAUCUUUUAUCAUUUCUCUUGUUUUUUUAUUUCUUUGGUGGAUAUUGAAGGACUAUCCAAUAUGGCGGGAAAAGCAACUACAGUUAAACAACGAUCAGACAAAGAACAAUACACAAACGACAGUGCAACACAAUGUAUCAGCGACACAACAACAACAUACGAAUGAUGAACAAGAUACCCCAAAACACACUGAUCAAAUACCAGCAUUACCACUUACACAGUAUAUCCUGAUGAUACCCAUGGCAGUUUUUUAUUUGGUUGGACGGUUCUUGAUGGAUAUGGUUCGACUGUGUUUGUACCAUAUAAUCUACAAAGCUGAACAGAAGGCUCCAGUAGUAGAUGCAUGGCUCUUUGAUAAGGUGACAGUAUGGCUUCCUCAAAAAUACGAACAAGCUGACAAUUGGUGGACGACGCAAGGACGACCAAAGUGGCACCAAUGGCAACAUGAGCUAAUAUAUCAUACGAUUCCUACCACGAUCAAUUAUAUGGAUUAUUUUUUCGCUCAUGUUUACAAUCUGUACCAAACAUUGGCGGAGGAGUUGGGAAAACUCUCAGUAGCAUUGCAGACUUUCAGGGAAAAGCAUGACUGGCGACAACUUGGUUUGGAUCUAGGCAAUAUGAUGUAUUUUCUUGUUUGGCAACCAUGUGUAUUUAUUGUGAUGCAUACCUAUACACUCUCCGUGCUUUUUUAUCAAGGCUGUCGAUCUGGAUUGGUAUCUACUUGGAAGGAUAUACAAUGGUUGUUUACUCAAUGCAUUCCUCAUGUGAUUGAUUGGGCUCGAGAAACACGUGGAUGGAUCUGGUUUAACAACAUACGACGUCGCUGUCAAGCAUCUAUCAUGAAACUGACAAUCAAAUUAGUGGCAAUAGUAUCACUUUGGAUUCAACAACUUGGUUCAUAUGGCAUAUGGAUAGUAGAGAGCUUGUUUGCAUGGAUAGGUUCUUCUGAUUGGAUACGAAAACAAUGGAAACAUUUACAUUAUGCGACAUUAGGAUAUGGUAUAUGGAUUUGUGGAGAAAUAGUGGUCUUGAUGCAAACGAUGCAAUAUUGUGUGGACAAUGGAUUGGUUCCUCUUGGUCAAGCAUUUAUGAAUCAUGUGCUCCCUCGAUUGUCAGAUGGUUAUCAACGGCUAUUACUUGAAACAGGCAUGAUCUAUAUUCGGUAUGUACAACCUAAAGCACAGAUCGUCGUAGUGUGGCUUGGCAAGAUGGUGAUACCUUUAUCAUUAUUCCUGGAACGCUACUAUUUAGUCAUUUUGUCCUCCCUGAAGUUUUUUGUCAUUGGAUUGAAUUGGAAUGGUAUCAUGAACACGUCAGCAACAAUCAUACGGUAUUUUCAUUCGGUUUUGUUAUGGUUCACGAGGUCGCCUAGAUUUAAAAAAUUAUUGGACUUUAUCUAUCAUCAAGGUGUGAUAUUUAUCUCAAAUGGAUGGAAAAAGAUGAUAGGUGAUUUGGAUUGGUCAAGAUUGAUCUUUGCUGCAGAACAAAUCUAUGUUAUCAUUCAAGAACAAGGUUCUCUAUUGUUUGCUUCUUUGGAACGGACUUUGAAUGAUUGGAAGCAACGACAACAAGGACUUACAGCGGAUAUGCGGGCCGAAAAAAAGAAAGAAUGAUAGGAUCUGCGUUAGUUAAUAUUUAGUUAGUUAGAUAUUUAAGUUAGUUAGUUCUCCUUGUUAUUUAAAUCAAAAGUAAUCAAUAAAUAAAAAAUAUAAAAAAAGAAGGGGGGAGAAAAAAAAUAGACACUAUUUUAGACUAUAGAAUUGAGAAACAAAAAAGAAAACUAUUUUGUGGUGAACUUACUCAAUUUUUUGAAUCUAGUUACACACAAGUUUGAAAUCUAGGGUUUUUGUCAAAGUUUUUAAAGAAGCGAUGAGUACAACAAAAAGUU